CCACGUGACUGACCCUGAGACAGACGAUCCCCUGACAAAGGAACGAGGGAGGUAUCACUCUGACGCUGUUUCAGGAGACCGUGACGAACUAACAACAUUUAGCCCAGGCUGAGGUUUCAUGUAUGGUGUCCCUGAGGUCCUGAAAGCAGUGUUCAUCCCAACAUGUCCUGCAGAGAUGUGGAGAAGCGCCUGCAGGAAGCAGCACAGUGACUGAUCACCCCGCACAUAGACGAUCUUGGUCUGACAACGUCUUGACGUGUCAUCGGGGACAGUGAGGGAAGUUUCCGAUCUUAAAAAUGUCUCUAGUUUGAAACAGGCUCACGGUGCAUGUAUGAAAGUCAGCCUGGUCUAAAGCCAUGUCCUCGCUGCAGGCUGUGUGCAGGUCAACAUGCAGUGGAGGAGACACGUCACUGGGCUCGCCUUCAGUCUCGUGUUCGUUGUGUCAUAUUUCACUAAUAAGUUUGUCCUGUCGGUGUUAAAUUUCACCUACCCAACUUUAUUUCAAGGAUGGCAGACAUUUAUCGGCGCUGCUCUGCUGCUUCUCUCUGGGAAGUUUGGAUGGGUGGAAAUGAGCCACAUCACCAGAUCAGCAGCUCUUUCCUGGCUUCCAGGCUCCUUCCUGUUUGUAGGGAACAUAUAUGCUGGUUCGAGGGCCUUAUCACGUAUAGACAUUCCUUUUUUCUUCACCCUUCAGAAUUCCUCUCAUGUUGUUAGCUACAUCAUCUUAAAGGUCGUCCACAGAGAGAAAACACAAUGGCUGAAACUGAUCGGUAUAAGCUUAAUGCUGCUCUCAGCAAUCAAUCUCCCCGUCUAUGAUCCUCAGUUUGACUACAGUGGCUACGUUUGGGCUGUCGGUCAUCUGCUCUGUGUCGGUGCAUACAGGGUGUUUCAAAUUCACUACAAAUCCAGUAAUUUGAGUGACCUUGAACAACAGUACAUUAACUAUUUGUUCAGUGUACUGCUGCUGGCCAUUGCCGCUCACCCAACAGGUGACCUCAUGGGUGCCUUGGAGUUCCCCUCCCUUCAGUCCUACACAUUUCACUGUGGCUGUUGUGCCAGUGCACUGCUGGGUUUUUUGUUGCUGUUGGCCACAGUCAAACUAAAAAGUGGAUUGUCCCUCGAGCACUUCGGGGUCUGGAUUUUUCUUGCAAAGGUUACUGCCAUGUGCCUCUCCCCAUUUAUCUUCAACAUGGACAUUAAUGCUCCAUCUCUUAGUUGUAAUUAUGCUCUCAAGUGUGGUCAUCAGCCAUGUUGGAGAGGCCUUGCUGGUGUAUUCUCAGAGGGACUCACAGUUGUGACAAGGAAAUCGCAGCUCUCCAGAGAAACCCACGACUUGAACGCCGUAAAGAAAUUCUUUUGGAAACGUAUUUUUUCACAUUAUUUUUGUAAUUUCUCCCUUCUGUGCUGACAAUCUGCUGACCAAAUAAAGUUAUUUUGUUUACAUACUGUG